AUGGUAGUUCCUUUUGGUUUGAUAUGGAUAGAUCCAUCAUAUAAGGAGAUAUCAAAUCGAGCUAAGAAAAACCGUGCUUCUUCUAAAGGAGGAGUUGUGCAUACUGGUGGAUCUAUAUCCAUUGACGAACAUACUAUUUGGAUGGCUGAAGAGUUAGGUAGAGACCCCACCAUGGAUGAGGUCUUUUUAAAAACUCACACUAAGAAGAAUGACAACUCUUGGGUUGAUAAAAGAGCAAAAAAAACAUAUAAACAUUUCAAAGUAAGUUGCAGCAUGCUGGAAGCAUCUAGUAGUUGUAGCCAAGUAGUUAAUGUCGAAGCUCUCUCAGACAUAUGGGUCCAAUUUGUUGGAGGAAAGAAUAAAAGGCGUAUUUAUGGUGCUGGAGAUAUAUCUUCGCUAUAUAGGUCAGGUGUUGCAAGUCUAGUCGCUGAUUCUCGUCCAUUUAGAGGUUGCACCAAUGUCUUGUCUCAGCACUCUAACGAGAUAGCUGCACAAAUAACAGCAUUUGAGGAGCGAGCAAAUGCGGCAGAACACGAGGCGCGAGAGGAGCUUUGGAAAGUAGAGCAACGUCGACAAGAGGAGCUAAGGAAAGUAGAGCAACAAUCAGAGCAGCGCACUACAGAGCUCUAG